AUGCCUAGCACAGAAUCAAGCAGUGGGUCUUUGUCUGAUACCACUUUUCGAUCUCGAUUAGCAGAUGCUCUGCAUAUAACGGGUUACCAUUUUGUAAAUGCCACACGCAUACCAAACGUGGAUCAUUGUAAUAAUAACCUCAGCCUUAUCAAUGGAUACAGGGUGUCCGACAAAAUGGCGGUGGUUGCCAAGGUGUCAAACAACACUUUUCAACUCGAACGCGAAUACUACAUUAUCAAACAGCUCUAUCAGACAGCCGAUGGUCCUCAAUAUCUAGUGCGCCCUGUAGAGUAUACUCACUUAUCAUCGAGCGGACUUGCAGUCGCUAUUUAUGCCGACGCCUAUAAUGAUCACCAAUUCUCCAAUCGCACCAUCGACGACAUUGGCACCUUUUUACGACUAGCAAUACGAUGCACCGAUAUCAUGGAGUUUAUUCAUCGCCACAGUACUGUACAUGGCCAAAUCAAUAUGGAUGCUUUUCGAUGGGAUGGUGCCACUGGAGUACGAUUAUGGAAUUUUGCAGUCAAUGGCAGUAGUGGUAAUGCUUCCUUUGAAAAAUACCUCACGAGCGAAGGAUGGCGAAAGUACCAAAAGAAUCAAGCGAUCAUGCAAAAUAGCCUGAUUUACAUUAGCCCCGAGCAAACGGGUCGUACCACAUACAUGGCCGAUCAUCGAUCCGAUAUUUACUCAUUGGGUGUUGUAUUCUUUGUGCUGUUGACAGGCCAAUUACCCUUUGAGGGAGGCCCAUUACAAAUUGUCAAUAGCAUCUUGAGUCGAAAGAUGCCAGCUGUACAUGACAUUCAAUUGAACGUCCCUGAAGUGAUAUCCCAAAUCAUCGAGAAAAUGGUAUGCAAAACACCAGACGAUCGAUACAUGAGCAUGCAUGGCGUAAAAUGCGAUCUUGAGGAGUGCCUUCAACGACUGACUACAGGAGAUACUGGGGUCAUCCCCUCAUUUCCAUUGGCACAGCAUGACAUUGCAUCAGUGUUCAUGAUACCACGUACCGUAUACGGUCGUCAGCCCAUCAUUUCCAGAAUGAUUUACAUCAUCGAGCUUUUCGUGAGCCAAUACAAACCUGUCAAAAUCCGGAGUAGCAGACAUGGUAGCUCGUUUGAGGCAUAUAGUAACAGUGACCCUGACACAGAACAAAAAUCAUCAUCAACGCCGAAUUCACCCCCUGGACACGAUAACAGUGACAUUUCCAGCACAAGUAGCAGGCUUGUCUCUAUCAAUGGGGGAAAGCAAGCAGCUACCGUUGUUGGUAUCUAUGGACCUGGAGGCAUUGGAAAGUCUACGCUAUUUAAUGUUGUGCAGCCCUUGGCAAGAAAGAGUGGGUAUAUUACGUCGACCAAAUUUGACUCGAGGAACAAAGUCCCGUAUAGCGGCAUGCUGCGUCUACUAUCACAAGCAUUGCAGCAAAUAUUAUCUGAGACCGAAGAAGAAGUAUGCCGGUUUGGUGAUCAUUUGAAAGCAUGGUUGGGCUCCCAAUUCUCCAACAUUGCUGUGUUGGCAGAUAGGGUACCGGAGCUAAAGUCGCUGCUGGUUGCUACGGGCGAGAAAGAUGAAUUUACAAGAGUACGUGAUGCCUCCCAAUUCCAGGUGGAUGAUGUCGAGGCCCGAUUACGCUUUCAUAACCUGUACAUUGAAGUGUUUCGUGCCGUAUCCAAUUGGCGAAUGAUAACCAUUUUUAUUGACGAUCUACAUCAAGCUGAUGACCCUUCGGUGGAUGUUUUACUUGCAUUGCUUCUCUCAAAAGUCAACAUCCUUGUUUUCAUGUCAUAUCGUGACCAAGAAAUGAAUGACAAGCAAUCGAGUCUCCUUGAAAAUCAAUAUGCGAAUAUCCAAUUCAUCGAAGUGGGGAGGUUGACAAUGGAUUCCAUGACCGAUUUUGUUUGUGACACGUUACAUCGGCAGCGUGAUACCACCGAUCGCAGCUAUGUAAUGCCGCUUGCAGAGCUCAUUCAUCGAAAAACCAACGGCAAUGCCUUUUUCGCGGCACAGCUACUACGAAUGUUGGAACGCAAGAAGCACAUUUAUUUCAAUUGGGAAUUCAACGUUUGGGAGUACGAUCGUGAACGUAUAGAACAAGGCACCUUUUUGGAUACCAUGGAAGCUGAUGUUUCAUUUAUGGUUGCUCGGCUACAGGAGCUGCCUCAUCAUGGUCAGCAAUUGCUCAAGCUAGCAUCCUUUGUUGGCGACACUUUUUCAUGGUCAACAGUGAAAGCGUUGAUGGCAGGAUCAAUAUCGGAUGAUGAAAGUGAGGAUGGUAGCAGCGAUAAAAGUAGUGUAAUGUCAGCCGACACAGCUACCGAUAGCACCCAAUUUAGUGGGGCAAGCCAACGAUCCACAAACACAACCAUGUCGCCAUCUUCAGGAAGCCGCAAGACCUAUGAUCCCAUUAGUGGGUUGCAUACAGUGAUACAGGAAGGAUACGUUAUGCCCAUUGGUGAUGGUGAAUUCAAAUGGAGUCAUGAUCGCAUCACACAAGCAGCUGGUGAGCUUGUAAAACCUGGUGCACGGGCCAAGAUCCACCUAAAAAUUGCCCAACAUAUGAUGCAAGAAAAACUUGUGGAUUCAUUUCUGGUAGCUGAUCAUCUUUUGAAAUGCCAAGAGCUAUUGAAGGUUAUGGAUGACAAGGAUCCUUAUCGAAUGUUACUCAUCGAUGCAGGCAGUAAAGGCCGCCAAUCGGGUGCUCACAACAUGGCCUUCAAUUAUUACAAGGCGGCUAUAAGACUCGGUGAUCCUGAAAAGGAUUGGGAUGAGGAUCAUUAUGCAAGCAGUUUACAAGUGUACAUCAAUGCGUUGGCUCUAAGCUUUGUGAUGGGCGAUAAUGAAACGACCGAGGAAUGGAUGGCAACCAUUUUCAAGCAUGCCAAAAACGCUUUGGAUCGUAAGGCUGCCUAUCUUAUCCAAUCACGUUAUUAUCUUUUGGAGCGGAGGCCACAUGAUGGGCGUGAUUCCUUGCUUACCUGCUUAGAAGAUCUUGGUAACGAGAGGUUUUUAUUCAAGGGCAAUCCCAAGGAGGCUAUGGAUCAAGAAUACAAGCAGCUUGAGAUGACAAUUGAGGAGGUUGGAAUUGAUCAAAUCCCCGAUACCAAACUAGCGAAUGACCCACAUGUGCUGGCAACAAUGGAUAUCUUGGAGGAAUUAACGCAUUUGCUCUAUUGGACUUCACAAUUGCAUGAAAUGAGCACAUGUGCAACUCGCGUUGUCAACAUGGCACUGAAACAUGGUAUGGCUCCUGUUGCCAGCAUUGCUUGUGAAUUCCUUGCACUUGGCUAUAUCCAUAUGUAUAAAAACUAUGCAGCUGCGGAGAGAAUGGGACAACUUGGCAUAGUACUUGCUGAUCGCCAUGGGGGCAAUUAUGAAAAGGAUAGAACGUAUCUUCUAUACGGAGUCUUUAUCGGCCAUUUCAAUCGCCAUUAUCGAGAUUCAACGCCGUUGUUGUAUGCUGGCACGCAGCAUGCUUCUUCAGCAGGAGACCGAGAUUUCGAGUUUUAUGGUCAACUCAAUCGCGGCACAAAUUUGUUUCAAAUAGGACAUCAUCUCAGCGAUGUGCUUCCGGUAGCAGAAGAUUGUGCCGAUCAAACCAUAAAGUGGUCGGAGACAACCGAUCGCAACGUGAUGGCGAUGGCAGCAGUGCAAGUGAUCAAAGCAUUAAUGGGACGCACCUAUUGGGAAGAUGGCAAGGUCUUUGAUGGCGAUGAUGGCUUUAACGAUGAACACUUUAUCACCGAGAGCUGCAUGAAAUUAGGCUCAGCCUCUGAAAUCCCUCUCAAUUGGUAUCAAUCUCACAAGAUCAUUGCCAUGACAUUAUACGAGCAUUACGAGCAAGCCAUUGAGCUUGGAAGUUUCUGUUAUCGUACGUUGGCUCAAGUUCCUGGUAUGCGACAUUCACUGGUGGCCUUGUUUUAUUAUUCUAUUGCUCUCAUUGCACGUGCACGUGGCAACAACAAGACAUUGGAUGAUUGCAUCAAGCAAGUAGCCAUCAACCAAAAGAUUUUAUACGAGUUAAUGCAGCAUUGCCGUGUCAAUUACUCCCUAUAUUGGACAUUGGUUGAAGCCGAACUCGCAAGUCUUGAAGGGCAUCAUCGUAUCAUAGAGGCCAUUUCAUUAUACGAAGAAGCUAUCAAUCAAGCACGUGAAGGAGGAUGGUAUCUGGAGCUUUGCAUAACACAUGAGCUGGCGGGUGCAUUCUAUUACAGACAAGGGAUACGUAAUGUGGCAUAUACCUUGAUCAAAAAGGCUGUCGAUCUCUAUACUGGCUAUGGAGCAUUUGGAAAAUCACGGCACCUCAAUGCUAAAUACGUUGACUUGCUUAGCUUGUUCAAUGACGACCGUAUUGAAGCACGUGAUAAGAGUGCACAAACCGAUCCUUUUCCAUUAUUGGCAACCGCUGAUCGCGAUCCACAGCAAACAUGGAGCAAUUCAUCCCACGACCAUGCUAGCAGUAAUCCUUUGGCAAAUGAACCUUACAGCUCGGAAUUAAUACCACCCGUGACUACGGAGCAAACACUGGUGACCUUGGAUAUUAUCGACAUGGCAUCCAUCCUCAAAAGCUCCCAGGUGCUGUCAUCGGAGGUUAAGUUUGAUGCCCUACUCAAGAGCAUGAUGCAUAUCAUUUUGGAAAAUUCUGGUGCCGAUCGUGGUGCUAUUAUUGUUAAUGAGGAUAAAAGAUUUGGUAUCGGUGCGUAUGGCAACCAGGAAGAGGACGACCCAAUCACGACAUAUGAUGAGCCCGAACGUAUCAACAAGAACAGUUCUUUGGUAUCAAGUCAAAUCAUCCAUCACACGAUCCAUACAUCAGAGAGCAUUUUCAUUGCCGAUGUUGAACAAGAUGCACGAUUUGCUGUGGGGUCGUGGUUCGAGCGUGCUGGCAAAAAAUCAGUCAUUUGUAUGCCUAUCAUGCACAAGGCGUCCACAGUGGGAUGCUUGUUUAUUGAAGGAGCUGUUGGCAUCUUCACACAGCGCCAUAUUACUGUACUUGGAUUACUAUGCCAGCAAAUGGGUAUCUCAUUGACGAAUGCCUCGUUGUUUAAAUCCGUGAAACGUGUGACUACAGCCAAUGUCAAGAUGAUUGAAACACAAAAGCAAGCAUUGGAAGAAGCAAGACGUAGUAAGGAAGCAGCUGAUAAGGCGACUCGAUUGCGAGAGAUCUUUUUGGCCAACAUGAGCCACGAGAUUCGAACACCGUUUUCGGGAUUCUAUGGCAUGAUCACAUUACUGUCAGAGACGGAGCUCGACCCCGCACAAUAUGACCUUGUGAGAACCGCCAAAGCUUCAUGUGAAGGAUUACUUCAAAUCAUUGAUGACCUUCUCAACUUUUCCAAACUUCAAGCAGGCAAAGUGUCAUUGGAUCUUGCUCCUGUGCAUGUUGAGGAGCUUAUUGCCGACAUCACCGAUAUGCUGAUUGCCAUUGCUAUCCAAAAACGAAUUAACGUUACAUAUACGGUGGCAAACGAUGUACCUGCUGUUAUCAUGGCAGACGCCAAUAGGCUGAGGCAAAUCGUUAUCAACUUGCUCGGGAAUGCUAUCAAGUUUACGCACGAAGGCGAGAUCGUUAUUCGAUGUUCUAUUGAUAGACAUAAAAAAGGCACGAUGCAAACCAGCAACGACGAAGUCCCAUUGCUAUUUGAAGUGGUGGAUACCGGUAUUGGCAUCAGCGAGGAACAACAAAAGGUGCUUUUUAUGCCAUUCUCGCAAGUGGAUGGUAGCACCACACGUAAAUAUGGUGGUACUGGUCUUGGGCUUUCAAUUUGCCUUCAGCUGGUUACGUUGAUGAAAGGAAAUAUCGACGUGAUAAGCGAACCAGGAAAAGGGUCCAAUUUCCGGUUCUCCAUUAAGGUUGCACCCGUAAACGAUAAUGCAAAGGAUUUCAGUGAUUCAAUGAAAGCAUUAUCCGAAUGCCUUGAAAAGACACGUGUACUUGUUGCCGAUACACAUAGUUCCACCAUCAACAUGGUGAGCAAUUUUCUUCCCAAUGUCCCACUCGAUGGUGUAUCCGACUACGUCGAUCUGAAGCAGGAAACACCUUAUGGCGUGGUCAUUGUUGGCUUGUUGUUGGCGCAUAAAGAAGGAACUCUGAGUCGCUGGGAGACCGAGUUACAGAAAAUCAUGAAGCGUGCAAAGGUAACGGUGGUGAUGCAAUAUCCCCUUGCAAGCGGUAAUGGUGGAAGAGGCGAUGCUGCUCUUAUUGAACCCUCUCAUUGGGCUGUGGAACGAGAACAACGGUGUCAACAGCAGCAACAACAACCCUUCCAUAUAUCAUCCUACCGCCAUCUGGAUGUACAACAAGGCCUUGUGCGUAUGGCAGUGCCAUUACGACGCAACAAGCUAUUGAAGGUGCUAGCUGGAUUUUUGGAAAAUGAACAUAGGGAAUCACCCACCAACAAGACGCCUCGUCCUACUCAUUUCAAUCGUGCAGCUAGUAGCGAGAUAAAACUGGCAAUCGAAACCAUACCAGAAGAGCAUCGUAAUGCAUUUAAAAAGAUGCACAUUUUGAUUGCAGAAGACAACGUCGUUGCUCAAAAGUUGCUUUACAAGCAAUUGAAGCGAUAUGGCUUCAAUGUUACUUGCGCCAAUAAUGGUGCAGAAGCUAUCGCAGCAUGGGAGAAUCAGCCAAUGGGAUACUUUAGGAUAGCAUUCUUUGAUCAUCACAUGCCAAAAUGCGAUGGCGUGGAGGCAACCAAAACAAUCCGAAAAAUGGAAAAAGAAGCGCGUCAUGGCAACAUGAAACGAUUACCGAUUGUGGCACUCACAGCUGACAUUCAAGAUAGUGCACGGGCAAUAUGCGUUAAUGCUGGAAUGGACGGGUACCUAACAAAGCCAUUGAAUGAGUUUGCGCUUCUUGAAUUUAUCAAGCAGCAUUGUAUAGAUCAAUAA